CUAUCCUUUGUCCCAAGGUUUACGUUCUUGCUCUGUAUUGAUUUUGUAUACGCCAACAUCCAACCAAGAAUGUAUAGUGUAGAUUCUUGACUCUAAUUUCCCACGUACGCGUUUAGGCGAUGUGUGUAAAAGAAAUCGAAUAUGAGUGCGCCUCUCAGCCCCGCAUCAUCCUGCGGACCAUCUGAAUCAUUUGAAUUUACGCCCCUACAAUUAGCCGCGCAUUGGGGAAAUGUUCAGGAAGUUAGAUAUUUGAUUGAUAGCGGUGUUCAACUGGAUAAUGGACCCGAUACCGCUUUACAUUUGGCAUUACGUAAAUGCCACAGCACCAUCGCGAUAUUACUCUUGGAUGCCGGUGCAAAUUUUGAAUUAAAAGAUACUCACGAAGAUUGUCCUAUACACAUCGCCUGUACAUUCGGCUUAUUAAAUGUUGUGCACACUCUUUGUGCGUUAGGCUGUCGACUUGAAAUAACCGACUCUAGAGGUCUAUAUCCGUUGCACUUAGCCGCAAAGAAUGGCCAUACUCACGUUGUAAGGUGUUUGUGUGCUGCCGGUUGCAAUUUAGAUGUUCACUAUGGUGAUAAUAUACGCGCAGAUAUUACAGCACUAAAAUAUGGACACAACGAAAUUGCCGAACUUUUGGAUAAGUUACGAGCGACGGGGCAACGUGAUACAUACGCAAGACAACUGGUCCCUACAUCUAAAUUAUACGUACGCCUUAUCGUUCGCGUUUUUGGAAAUUGUGGUGUCGGCAAGACAUCACUCAUUAAGUCACUGGGCGCCGGGUUAUUUUCUACAUUGUUUAGGCGGUCAGGUUCGCUUCAGAGUAAUAAAUCGCGGCCUUCUUCGCCCAUCAGCGCGCAAAUUGAAAUGGAUGUAACGUCACGUCAAAAUUCGCUAACGUUUGAGAGCUCUGCUUCCUACAAGUCGACUAAAGGAAUUCAUAUUCAGAAUUUGGAAAUAUCAAAUGUGGGCGACGUAGUUGUAUGGGAAUUCUCAGGACAAGAAAAUUACUUUCCCACGUAUCACCACUUUUUGCACCCAUCACCUCAAACGCUAACUUUGGUCUUAUUCAACUUAGAGGAUAGUCCGGUAGUGCAGGUACAGCAGGCAUGUUUCUGGAUUAACUUUAUUAUGGCAAGGGAAGCGCACGAAUGGUCUUUAUUCAAGGUAGGACCGAUCGUUUUGGUCGCUACUCACGUAGAUUCAACAAGGGCAAUCAAAAAUCAACAAGGAGAAUGGGUAUCGCCUGACGCGCAAACAACUCUUGAAACUGUCGAAAAAUUAAUACCUGAUGUGCAGUACUUGCAUCCCAGCGUCAUUGUGAUGGAUAGUAACGUGCCCGCAUCUCAACCAUUCAAACAUCUUAAAUCGAUGCUUUUAACACUAAAGCGUGACAACUUAGAGAAGACAAUCGGCAUGUGGACGGGGUUACUUGAAUCAACUUUAUCAUGGUUAGCACACCUACGAAAAGAGUAUGAACAGUUUCCGGUUAUACACAGAAAAGCCUUUUACGAUUUAGUUAGGACUAGUGUGAACGUGUUAGCUUCUGAUGAUCAUAUUCGGGCACUCCUUCACCAGCUACAUAAUAUGGGUGAAAUAUUUUGCAUCAAUGAGUUGGUCGUGAUUUCCCUCGCUUGGUUUGGUUUGCAAUUAAUUGGCGAAUUUCUGUCGACUGAAUUUUUAGCUAACGUUCGAGCCACUGGCGUCUACACGCCGGAUGAUUUUCAAGCCUCCUUCAAUCAGUUUGAUGCGCUCGGUACCUUGCAGUUGAUGGAAGCGUUGGAAUUAUGCAUUCAGUGUGAAGUCGAUGGAGAAACUGAAUACGAAUUUCCCAUCUACAAUCAAACAGAAACCUUGCCAGGAUUGUGGGAUUCCGGAGACCCUCGCUAUCGCACUACUGGCGCAUGUUACGGAGGAGUACGUUUAUACGCAUCUUCAAACUGUCAUCAUUUAUUCACCUCCAUAUUUCCCCACAUACAGAUUGAAUUGCGACGUGCUGCUAUUGCUAAUUCCUGCAACAACGAUAAUGAUACUGAUUUGUACCAGUGGCAUCACGGUUCGAAACUGUGCACCAUUGCGUUGGAAACACUCAUUACGUUAGACACAGAUGAACGGAGUUCUCAAUAUAUUGAGAUAAAAAUUCGUGGUCCCCAGCAAACCUCCCAGUACUGCUUCUAUUUUUUGGAGAAUGUAAUUGAAACUGUUUUACAGGGAAUAGCACGAGUGUGUCCAGGAUUGGUUAUGGAACGCCAUAUUCUAAGCGUUCACCAACUGCGUAUUCACUGCAUUGAGCCGUAUGCGUAUCCAUCUCAACUGUUGUCCACUGCAAUGCUGGAGAGCGAAUCUACUUUGGAGAUAACUUUGCAGAACACUGAAACUGAAAAGUUUGAAAAUGUCAUUACACUGGCUUUGUUUGGAGAUGUUGAGCUUGUCAGUAAGAUACAUUGGGGUUGUUCUUUGAAAGUACAGCAUUUACCUAUAGCUGUAAAAUUUAAGCUCGCUAGACUUUUAGAUCCUCCCCAUUCUCAUGGACGUGACUGGUGCUUAUUAGCCUUGCGGCUAGGAUUGGAACCCGAAAAAAUUGCCACAGCAGAUUCACACAGUCACAGCUGCACAAUGCGCUUACUUGCAUUAACCGAUUGUACCAUUGGUGCGCUAAUAGCCAACUUACAAGAACUAGGUAGGAAUGAUACCGCCGAAGUUGUUCUAAGAACUUCGCCGUUAUUACAAAUCAUAGAUAACGCUACAGAAUAAUCCGAACUACAUUUAGAAGUAGCAUUCCGACAUAACUAUACUAGUGUGCUUUUGUACCGUCCUUUAACUACACACUUUAUGUUAUUUGAAGAUAUUUGCUCAUCAGUAUAAAUGCAACGAAUAUGAUUACAAACCAAUUUUAUUAAGGAAAAUCCUUUAUAUUCUGUUACAAAGUGUCUAUUUUUCUAAUGUUUUUAUACAAAUAUUUCCCCACAGGGUUUGUUCCAGUAUUUAUGUGAUAAAUUCUAUUGUAACUAUGAAAUGGCAUUGUAUAGCAUCAUAAGGUGCAUUCAAUAUACUUACAUA